AUCCCGCGCUGCCCGGCGGGAGGGGCCCGGGCCCGCGUGCCUCCUCCCUUUACCGGUCCGCAUCUUUAAAGCACGAGUCCGGACGCCCCGCCUGCUGGGAUCCAGACGGCAAGCAGCCGGGUCGGGCCGCGUUCGGCCGACCGAGCCAAGGGGCCCUGCGGUGACAGAGCUGCUGCGGCGGCUGGCGCGCGGGCGUCGCCGGCCCGGUUUGCGGGAGCUGUUGAGGGGAGGGGGCCCGGACGCCAUUGCUGACGGUCUCCCGGUUGCUGUCCUCCGGGCUGGAAGGAGCCGCGCUCGAGGCCCCGACGUCGUCAGCCCCUGAUUCGGUCUAGAGAGAGUCGGGCUUCCUCAAGCCGCCGGUCCGCAACUCAGUCCGCGCCGGGGAGCCGCCUCCUGAAACCAUGUUUGACAAGACGCGGCUGCCGUACGUGGCCCUCGAUGUGCUCUGCGUGGUGCUGGCUGGAUUGCCUUUUGCAAUUCUUUCUUCAAGGCAUACCCCUUUCCAGCGAGGAUUAUUCUGUAAUGAUGAGUCCAUCAUGUAUCCUUACAAAGAAGACACCAUAUCUUAUACCUUAUUAGGUGGAAUAAUCAUUCCAUUCAGUAUUAUCGUUAUGAUUCUUGGAGAAACCCUGUCUGUUUACUUUAACCUUUUGCAUUCAAAUUCCUUCAUCAGGAAUAACUACAUAGCCACUAUUUACAAAGCCAUUGGAACAUUUUUGUUUGGCGCAGCUGCUAGUCAGUCCCUGACUGACAUUGCCAAGUAUUCGAUAGGCAGGCUGCGGCCUCACUUCUUGGAUGUUUGUGACCCUGAUUGGUCACAGAUCAACUGCAGUCAUGGCUACAUCGAAAACUACAUAUGUCGAGGGAAUCCGCAGAAAGUUAAGGAAGGCAGGCUGUCCUUCUACUCUGGCCACUCUUCGUUCUCCAUGUACUGCAUGCUGUUCGUGGCGCUCUAUCUUCAAGCCAGGAUGAAGGGAGACUGGGCAAGACUCCUCCGCCCCACACUGCAGUUUGGUCUUGUUGCUGUGUCCAUUUACGUGGGCCUCUCUCGUGUUUCUGACUACAAACACCACUGGAGCGACGUGCUGACCGGCCUCGUUCAAGGCGCUCUGGUGGCGGUACUGGUGGCUGUAUAUGUGUCGGAUUUCUUCAAAAAGAAAAACUCUCCUUUUAAAGAACGGAAAGAGGAGGAUUCGCACACGACUCUGCACGAGACGCCCACAGCGGGGAAUCACUACCGGAACAGCCACCAGCCAUGAGGCGGCGGCCCGGACGGAGCCGGCUGCUUGCCCAGCAAGUGACUGCACCGGAAGGCCAGGCCGGAGCUCGCGGCCAUCCUGGGCACAGGCCGAGGAGGGACUGCCGCCGCUGCUCUACCUCCGGGAGGC